GGCAAAAGGCAAAUAAAAGACAGCUUAUACGACAUCGUUUGGUGUUCCAGUAAGCAUGAUGAACGUCAAAGGCCUCGCCCGACUCAAGAACAAACCGGCCAAGGAUCCGAAGGGGCCGGACGCUGGCGGCCAAAAGCCCAUCGGUGCGCCUCCCAAGAAGCCCGAGGGCGAUGCUGCUGCGGCAAAGAGGAAGCUGUCGGCAAAGGAGCCCCCCCAGGCCCCCAAAAAGUUGAAGAAGGGGGACGCCGCGAAGGAUGACCCCCCGGUGGUGAUUGUAGAUGACCCUCCGGAGAUGCCGAUGGCGCAGGUGCCGAGGGGUGCCCGGGAGCCAUCUCUCGAGGUCCUCACGCUCUCCCUUCCGGCUAGCACGGCCGUGUUGAAUGGCACGGCUGACCCGAGGGCGCUUCUGAGAGGUAUAACCCUCGAUAUCGACAGGGCAGCUCUCGGGGCCGAUGAUGAUCAAGCCCUCGAAGACAGGAUCCUCCGGUCUUCCCUCACGACUUGCGUUGCCCUCGGAGAGCAGUUCCGACGGCUGGAGGAAUGGCGCCUCCACAAAGCUGGGCAAGACGCCAAGAUGAAGGAGCUGAUCCUCAGGGACUCCCAGACCACGAAGCUGAUGGCCCAGCUUGAAGAGGACCUCCAGCUUGCGAGGGCGGAGGCCGGGAGGCUCAGGGAGGAGAAGGCAGAAGCUGAGGCGGCCGCUGCGGAGGCCGCAAGGAGAGCAGCCGAGGAGGCCGAGGCCAUCAAGGCGAAGGCUGUCGCCACAGCCCGGGAGGAGGCCAUCUCCGGGUUCCUGGACGGGGGGUGGAAGACCGAGGGGCACAAGGCAUGGCUGUCCUCGGUUGUGGAGGCCUCGGUUGAUGAGUGGUCCGAGGGCCCGGGCGAGGAGUGGAUGGCCCGAAAGGGUAAGCAGUAUUAUGAUGGGGGUGAGUUCUUCACUCAAGCCCUCAUCUACCGGAGGAUGGCCCACCAUCUGAAGAUUGAGCCGAAGGACUUUGACCCGGCGGCGUACGGGCUCCCCCCUGCAGCCAGACAUCCGUGUUCCUCUCCCCCCUGAUGUCGAGAGGCCAGACCUGGAGGAUUCUGAGCUCCGGAGGGAAGCCGAGGGAGACGAUCCUGAGGCCGAUGUAGAAGUCACCUCGAAGCCAUCGGGGGAGGCGGCCCCUGGGAAUGACAUUAUUUGAUAUGUACUUUGUACUUUGAACACUUUUGUAAUAGCCACAUUAACAUGUUUUCGGCCUCGGCCAACAUUGUAAUAACUACAUUUACUCCUUGUUGUGAUGAAUGAAUGAUUGCCUUCGGGCUUUGUAUCUAUGGCCUCUUUUUUUCUAAUUCCUUCCCUCUUGAAUGUAUGCCUUCGGUAUUUUUGAAUGUAUGCCUUCGCUCCUUUGAAUGUAUGUUUUAGGACUUAGAGUAUUUUCUGAUUGUAGCUUGCCCCUGGAAGCCUUCGGUAGUUGGGCACCCUCUGCUGGAUAUGCAACCGAGGGUUCAGUAGGAGUUAGGACUUAGAAAAUUUUUCUAAGUGUAACACAGCAUGGGGCCUUCGGGUGUUUGUAGUAACCCAACUCCUAGGACUUAGAAAAAUUUCUAAGUGUAGAUUUUCC